UUCUCUUUGAAAUUCCUUUUCGCGAGAAAUAAAAUGCCGUUAUACGGAACAGCAGUGUAGCAGCACACGAAGUCAAGGGGUGCGAGCGAGAUGGAGAUGGAUACACAGUUACAAGCACACAUUUAUUUUGUUCCUUUCUUUCCUCUUUGUGCUUUUGGAUCAGAGAGGAAUUGCUGGCGUACCGAGAGUGCAAAGCCGUAACAGUUAUAAAAUGUAUAUUUGUGUGUGACUUUGUUUUUUUAUUCCUCUUUGCUCUUUAUUGUCUUUGAAUGUUUUGCAGAGUUGCCAGAUGUGCGCAUUGAGACGUUGGAUCUAGUUCAUACUAUCUGGUUCUCUCUUCGUGGGUUCUUAUAUUAUAUUAUUUUUUUUGGUAGGGGCUAUUAAUUGAAUUGGGUUAAAGACUGGCAUUAAAUAGUUUAAUUAACAUACAUUCCUAUAAUUUAAUUUUAGCUGAGUAUUCCCCUCUAAAUGUUGCAACAAAGUAAUAAUAACAGGCACUCCGAAUGAAAUCAGCAAUUUUAAUUAGUGAGCUCCGCUGGUUGCAUUUGUUUGCACGUGAUUUACCGUUGCCGCCAUGCAUUAUCUGCCCGCCACCAGCUCCAUCGCGGCGGAGAGCCUGUGGCCAGUCUUUUGUCUAAUGAUGGGAUGGUCAUUGGUUUGGAAAACUAACAAGAAGAGGCAGCACCUCUUGAAUAAUGCACCAGCACGCGCGAAGCCAACAAGUGUGAAAUUGGGCGACGGUAUGGUGGAAUUAAAGGUGUUGGUCCUAACUGUGCGCCAGAUGACCACCAAAGGAACGGUGCACUGCAUCGGCCUCUCCAAGGGAGGCGCCGCAGAUGAACAGCAAGUACCGGCACUUGCUGACAUCGGUGAGAAUCUGCCAUUCGUGCUGAUAGCAAACACAAUUACAUAAAUGUUUGUUUGGCCAACAAUAGACAGCUGCAGCAGUGGCAGCAGCAGAAACGGCAACCACAACGACAAGAUUGCAUAAUUGCUUGUAGCAAAAAUGCUCCCACAAUUUCUCAUCUCCGUCAUGAGACAAACGAGCCGGCUGAUUGUUAUCUCUCAAUUCUGGCCGACAGAGAGGGAGAACGAAACGAGAGCAGCGCUACGAUACAAUCCUCCAACAGUAAUGUAAGCUUCUGUUACUCUCUUUGGCAAGCUUUUGCAUGGAAAAGCUUCUCUGUUGGCAGAGAUGCGUAGAAGCCACAGUGGAUCGACUGGAAUCGUGAUUAAAUUACGUCUGCUUAAAAUCGUAAAGAAUUAUCUUAUCUAUUGGGAACGAAAAACGAGCGUUCGAAGUUUCAUAUUCCGAUGGGAACUCUUUCUCUUCCUCGUC